AUGGCAUAUGUGUUAUGGCGUGUAUUUAUGAAAAAAUAUUCAAAAGUACGUUUGGGUAUUCAUCGUAAUGCGUUACCACCUAUAAACAGCGUCACUCCAACUGGUCGUCAUGUUCGCAGUUUUGACGAAUCAUCAUGGAAGAUUACGGACGAACAUGCAUACAUGUCAACAGUGGCGGCAACACAAUGUGUCAAAUCGAAUCCAUCAACCACUGGUGGCAGCACGACCAAAGAAGAAAUAAUAAAAGAUGAAAAAUCCGGAGAUGAGCUUUCACGUAAUGAAGUGCGUAAAAGUAAAACGAAACGUGUUAAAAACUAUUUAAAAAAGUGUAAAGAUGUAGCUUUAGGUACCACUUCGAAAUCAUCAUCGAUAAAUGACGAAACGACAAAAAAUAAUCCAUCCAAUACGUCAUGGUAUGUUCCAAAUGAUGAAACAGGUAUUAAAGAUGAACCUAAAGAUACAAAUGCAUUUAUAACAGUGGUCACAAUAAGUGACGAUAUUUGGGAAACAGUGGAUGAUUUAAAACCGGCAGUUGAUACAAAUUUAUUUGAACAAUAUAAUAAUAGUGAAAAUUUAUCAAUUGAAAAACCUAACGAACUUGUAGAGAACGUGAGAGAAGAACAAGAUACGGAUGUUAAUUUAGAUGUUACUGUACCUCCUUGUGCGGAUAUAGCUUCUACUUGUGUUCAAACUGAAUUAAAUGAUAGUAAUCAUUUGUGUGAUUUAAAACAUUCUAGUGUAUUUGAUUCGUCUUCGGAUGUUUCAUCUGAACAUACUCUGGUUGGGGAUGAAUCUGCGGAUGAUAAGUUACAUGUGCAAUUAGAUACCAAAGAAUGUGAGGUGAAAUGUGAUGUGGCCAGUUUAGUUGAUAGACUCUUAGGACCAUUGUAUCCGAAUUUUAAAAAUACGCGAUCGGUAUUAGUGCGACAAGCUCGUGAUAUAUUAGUGUGUGAAUAUAUGGGAAACAUUUCAAAAUUCGAAACUGAAUUUUGUAUUCCAGCUGCUACACUUUUACGACAUGUUAAAAAUAAAGUUGAAUUUAAACAGAAGAAAUCAUUAGAUCCAAAUAGUCGAUAA